GCAACUUUUCCAUCAUUCCCGUAGUUUAAUCGUAGUGGUGUUUCGGAGAAUUGGAUGACUUUUCGUGCCCUCAGAAUCAUGAAAAUUGCAGCAGUAGUUACGUUUGCUAUCUGUGCUUUGGUUUUCCUUCUUUUACCAGACGAUUCGCAAGCUGGAAAAACGAAGAAAGGUCCACUGGUCACGCAAAAGGUUUAUUUUGACAUUACACAUGGAGAUGAAGAGGUGGGAAGAAUUGUGAUUGGCUUGUUUGGAAAAACUGUGCCAAAAACCACUAAGAAUUUUGCAGCUCUAGCUUCUGGAGAGAAAGGAUUUGGCUAUAAAGGAAGUAAAUUUCAUAGGAUUAUUCAUAAUUUUAUGAUUCAAGGUGGAGACUUCACAAAAGGAGAUGGAACUGGAGGUAAAAGCAUAUAUGGUGAUAGAUUUGAUGAUGAGAACUUUAAGUUGAAGCAUUAUGGUCCAGGCUGGCUGAGUAUGGCUAAUGCUGGUAAAGAUACCAAUGGCUCACAGUUCUUUAUCACGACUGUAAAAACUAGCUGGUUGGAUGGCAAACAUGUUGUUUUUGGGAAAGUUCUUGAAGGAAUGGAUGUUGUACGCAAGGUAGAAAACGUAGAAGUGGACGGGAGUACUCCAAAGAAAGAGGUGAAGAUCGCAGAUUGCGGAGUUAUUGAGGUUGAUGAGCCCUUCAACGUGGAAAGGGAAGAUUAGCACCAGUCUCUCUUCAGUGUGUUUUGUAAUGCGCAAGGAUUUUUAAUAAAAUACAGUUAUGAAUUUGA